AUGGCAACAACGCAAGAGGAAAUCAAGCAUGAGGCAGAUAGAUUUUUCCAUGAGUUUCUCUCCCGUGAACCGCCAGAUAUACAGAGCAGAUCAGUUGUGGAGCUUCAAGAGAUAUUACCCUUUAGAUGCUCUGAUGAUGAGAGGGCGAUGCUCACGCGACUGGUAACGGAGGAAGAGUCUUUCUUCAGCAAGGGCUUCCUUCCGAAGGAUCUCAACUCAACCAUUCUCGCGCUAAUUCCCAAGACAGACACAACAACUGAGAUGAGAGACUAUCAGCCAAUCUCCUGCUGCAAUGUCAUCUACAAAGUGAUCUCAAAAAUCAUUGUGAACCGUCUAAGAGGAUCUCUUCCCCGGUGUAUCUCCUACAAUCAAUCGGCUUUCAUCAAAGACAGGCUGCUUGUGGAGAACCUGUUGCUAGCUACGGAGAUUGUUAAGGACUAUCACAAGGAGGACAUCUCACCCCGCUGUGCAAUGAAGAUCGACAUAGCGAAGGCUUUUGACUCUGUCAAUGGAGAACUUGCGGGAUACUUCCAGAGCAAAAGAGGACUAAGACAAGGCUGUGCCUUAUCUCCUUAUCUAUUCGUUAUCUGCAUCAACGUCUUAUAUAGCAUGCUUGACAAGGCCGUGGUAACACACUUGUGUUUCGCUGAUGAUCUGAUGGUGUUCACUGAUGGGACCAAACGUUCUAUAGAAGGAGUACUCAAAGUUUUUGAAGAGUUUGCCGCCAUAUAUGGAUUAAACAUCAGCCUGGAGAAGUCAACGCUGUACAUCGCUGUUCGCUACUUGGGUCUUCCCCUGCUCACAAAACGCAUGAUGAUCACUGACUACAUGCCUCUGGUUGAGAAGAUCAGGAAGCGCAUGAAGUCUUGGACCGGAAGAUUUCUCUCCCAUGCUGGUAGAUUGCAACUCAUCAACUCCGUCAUUACCAGCAUGGCCAACUUCUGGAUGCAAGCUUUCACCCUGCCUAGUAGUUGUCUGAAGGAGAUCGAGAGCCUCUGUUCGGCUUUUCUUUGGUCAGGAGGAUUGGGAAUAAGGCCACUGAAGGAAAUAAACACAGUCUUCUGCUUGAAGCUAAUAUGGCGCAUCUCCUCUGAAAAAGCUUCGUUAUGGGUCCGUUGGAUUCAUUGCUAUCUCAUCAGGAAGGGAUCCUUUUGGUCAGUUAGUAAUACUACAACCUCUGGCUCAUGGGUUUGGAGAAAACUCCUCAAGCAUCGAGAACUUGCAACACAGUUCCUUCGGAUGGAAGUUGGGAAUGGGAAACAUACCUCCUUCCGGUAUGAUGUCUGGUCCAAGCUCGGUUGCCUCAAAGUUGCUCUUGGUGAUCGCGGUCUGAUUGACUUAGGCAUUGGUGAUAAUGCCUUAGUGUCUGAUGUUCUUGGUAGACAGCGAAGAAGGAGAAGGCACAAAGAACAGAUUCGCCACAGCCGCCAAGCUUGCAACUGGAGCAAAGGCAUCUGGUUCACCCAUUCAACUCCAAAGUUCUCCUUCCUUGUCUGGAUAGCUGCGCUCAACAGACUGCAAACUGGAGAUAAAAUGCGGCUUUGGCACACUGGGAUAAACGCGACAUGCAUUCUGUGUAAUCCAGCUGAAGAAACCCGUGAACAUCUCUUCUUCGGUUGCAGGUACACAAGACAGAUCUGGAAGGCUCUUGCGGAGGGUUUGUUGCAAAACAGAUUCACCACAUACUGGAGUCAACUCAUUGUGAUCAUCACCAGGCCUGGGCUCACUCCCAUUAAAAACUUCCUUGUCCGGUAUGUUUUCCAAACAGCUGUACACUCAGAAAGCGCAACGCUCGACGAUAUGGUGAACAAGAAAGAGAAGCCCAGUGUCUAG